ACGAUUAUUUUCAAAUUUAUUUCUUACUUACUUCGCAUUGUGUUAUGUUUAUUGUUUCACAAUCGCAUUGUUGAUUGUUUCACACUCCCUUGCAUUCUUUCUCGUUAAUUUCAUAGUGUAGUGUAUCUCAGAUGAAAGUACUGCCAAUAAUGCCCUGAUCAGUUCCGCGAUGCAUGCAGACAUCACGUAGAGCGCCAUGUAUGUGCUGGUGGUAUCCCGAUGGCUCCUGCAGAUUUUCCACCAGCUGCAGUUCUUCUCUCCUCGUCUUCUUUUUCUGACUCUCACCGUGGCGCUGGCGGCUCGCAUUUCGUACCAUUAUUUUGCCAAUCGCACCAGCGAUUUUACUAUUCCACAGAGUGUGCACAGCGAGGAGCUGCUGGAGACUUCGCGAUGCAACAUCUCAUCGCGUGAUGCACUCUCCGCCAUCCAGCGCGCGACAACGGUACGCUGUAAAAAUGAGCUGGCGGAGUUCGCGUGUCGACUGCAGGAGGGAUCGGUAUAUCCGGAAUCGCUGCCACGUUACGAGAGCAAAUUAAUUCACGACUUCGAAAUUCCGAAGAGACCGCUGCGGAUUUUAUUUGUCUUGACAAUUUACGGACGCGACAGCCGCCAAGUGCUGCGUUUACUGAAAUUAAUUUAUCAACGGAACUAUUACUUUGUCAUCCAUGUGGAUGCGCGAAGUUCGUACCUAUUUAACCAGCUGAUACCGUUGGAGUCGGCGUUCCCCAACAUUCGCCUGCUGCGUCAGCGGCGCAGUCCGAUCUGGGGUGGUGCGAGUCUGCUGACGACGUUGUUGGAUGCCAUGCGAUACGGUCUGCGUGAUGCGGACGGGUGGAAUUGGGAUUAUUUGAUUAAUCUCAGUGAAUCUGAUCUGCCCAUCAAAUCCAGCGAAGCAUUGGCGGAAUAUUUAACGGUUAAUUAUGGGAAGAAUUUUGCGAAAUCGCAUGGAACGGAAACAGAAAAGUUUAUUAAGCGGCAAGGCUUGGACAAGACGUUCUAUCAAUGCGAAGACCGGAUGUGGCGUGUGGGAUCGCGACGGCUGCCAUCGGGAAUCAUUAUCGACGGAGGCAGUGACUGGGUGGCGCUGCAUCGAUCAUUCUGCCAGUAUCUCAUUACCAGCCCCGCAAACGAGCUGAUCCGCGGAUUGCUGGUGGUUUUCAACCAUACAUUAUUGCCAGCCGAAAGCUUUUUCCAUACGGUGCUGAAGAACAGCGAAUUCGCGCCGACAUUUAUCAACAAUAAUCUGCGGAUGACCAACUGGAAACGGAAAAAAGGCUGCAAUUGUCAGUAUCGGCAUAUUGUCGACUGGUGUGGAUGUUCGCCUAAUGUCUUCCGUUCCGGCGAUGUGCAGCGCAUUGCGACCUACGCCAAUAAACCGAUAUUCUUCGCCCGAAAAUUCGACGCCCUCGUGGAUCUGUCCAUUAUUAAUGAAGUUGUCCGUCCUUUUUCGUCCGGUGCAGAAAAGAGUCCAUCGUGGAAUUAUCAUUGGAUUAAUUUGUACACCGCCGCGGAAACAUUUCCGUCGUACGAGACACGCUCACUGUAUGAGAGUCUGGGGCGCUCGUCGCUGGAGGAGCAUGACUUCCCCGGGGGAAAAGGAAGCCCACAAUUACUGGAUGUUUUUCUGCAAGUGGAUGUUGACGGCGUAAAAAAUAUCGUGAUUAGUCAUCGUAUUGGAGACAGAUUACAGACGGUCCUGCAAAGUCGAUACGGAUUCGAAGAAUUUUUUGAGAAAGAGGAUGUGGACGGCAGCGAAAUUGGGAAACGUUUGGUGACGAUGAAGGUGUCCAGCGAUUUCGAUCUGAAGGAGGAUCUGUUUCGCAAUUACCUGGACGUCGUGGGACCAUAUUCCGAACCGGUCUUGGCCAUUCUGGCCGACGCUGGAAAUUUCACGGUUACGUCCGUUGUAUGGCUGGAUCCCGCGGAUACUGUUGCUGGCUCUUUCGAGGUGAACAUCACGGAGGAAGCCGGUUGGACGGUCCACCAGCCGGUCUUCCGCGGACCCCUCCGUCCCGGCCUGUGGCGCGUCCUUUUACUGCACCAGUGGCGCCUAGUGGCGACGACCAAAUUCCUUGUGAUUCCGGUGUACCAGCAUCCCCUGCACGUGACCAACGCCGGCCCCCCGGACGGCACCUACAUUCACUAUAAUUUCUCCUCCGUGGCGCGACUCCUCCGCCUGAACGCCACGGAAAAAAUACAUUUAUCGCAGUCCCAUGCGGAGAACAUGGAGGAAAACGGGGAUGCGUGGAUCGAUGAGUUAGUGUCGGAGGUUUUUUACUGGAUGGGAUCUUGUGUCGUAGGGGAAAUGCCGGGGGAGAGCGCGGUUCCGCUGUGUACAGACACCGUGUGGAGUUCCUACUUUCCGGAUGCGAAAAGCGAGAUGAUGCCCGUUUGAGUUGGUGAUAGGGUUUUGAAAUUCCUGUUUGAUUUUUCCCUUUACUAUGCCCGUAUAUUUUCUGUGUUAGUUAUGUUUGCCAUUUUUUUACUGAUUUUUGCCGUGUGGAGUUCCUACUUUCCGGAUGCGAAAAGCGAGAUGAUGCCCGUUUGAGUUGGUGAUAGGGUUUUGAAAUUCCUGUUUGAUUUUUCCUUUACUAUGCCCGUAUAUUUUCUGUGUUAGUUAUGUUUGCCAUUUUUUACUGAUUUUUGCCGUGUGGAGUUCCUACUUUCCGGAUGCGAAAAGCGAGAUGAUGCCCGUUUGAGUUGGUGAUAGGGUUUUGAAAUUCCUGUUUGAUUUUUCCCUUUACUAUGCCCGUAUAUUUUCUGUGUUAGUUAUGUUUGCCAUUUUUUUACUGAUUUUUGCCGUGUGGAGUUCCUACUUUCCGGAUGCGAAAAGCGAGAUGAUGCCCGUUUGAGUUGGUGAUAGGGUUUUGAAAUUCCUGUUUGAUUUUUCCCUUUACUAUGCCCGUAUAUUUUCUGUGUUAGUUAUGUUUGCCAUUUUUUACUGAUUUUUGCCGUGUGGAGUUCCUACUUUCCGGAUGCGAAAAGCGAGAUGAUGCCCGUUUGAGUUGGUGAUAGGGUUUUGAAAUUCCUGUUUGAUUUUUCCCUUUACUAUGCCCGUAUAUUUUCUGUGUUAGUUAUGUUUGCCAUUUUUUUACUGAUUUUUGCCGUGUGGAGUUCCUACUUUCCGGAUGCGAAAAGCGAGAUGAUGCCCGUUUGAGUUGGUGAUAGGGUUUUGAAAUUCCUGUUUGAUUUUUCCCUUUACUAUGCCCGUAUAUUUUCUGUGUUAGUUAUGUUUGCCAUUUUUUUACUGAUUUUUGAAAAAGUCUUAAUGUAAAGUAAAAGGGUUUUUUGGUUUAAUUCUUUUUACUUUGAUUUUAGUUUUUAUAAUUUUAAUGUUAAUGGCAAUUUUUCGUUCUGUGAAUGGAUAAUGGAAGUUCAAACUUACGAGUGCGCUCUUGCGCCGCAUUGAAUCUACAUCUCCGGAUUUUUCAGUCUUGUUUGUUGGAUAAAGAUCCUGCAAACGAA